UCUCUUUUCAAUACAAAUACAAUUGUCCAAAUAUACAAUGACUUAAAGUUUAUUUCCUUUUAAUAUUUUUCUCUGUUUGUUUCCCGUCCCUACAGCAUCUUUCAUUCUCUCUUAUGCACCCUUUUUAGCUUCCUCUUCAUGCCAUUUCCGAUUCGCAGAUUCCUCACCCAUUUUCUCUACAUACGUUUCCUCACCCAUUUUCUCUCUCUCUCUCUCUCUCUCUCUAUAAAAUUUAACUCCCAUUUUCGUCCAUUUGCUAAAAAACCCAUUCCUCUUCUAUCUUUAGUCUCUAAGCUUCUUUCUCUCAACAGAACUGCUUAAUUUGCCCAUUUCACGAAGUUCUUUGGGUUUCUUUCGUUUUUGUUCUCUUUUCGUUUUGGGUUUUCUUGAAUGCCGAUUUUGUUGUGACCUGAUCCCCUGUUUCUCAACCGCACAGUCAUUCUUUUCUUUUCUUUUCUUUUCGUUGUCGUUGUGUUUCAAGAAAUUCAUUUACGUUUUUUUACACAAUCUUGAUCUCUUGUGUCCUUUUCAAAAAGCCAUCUUCUGGUAAACUUGGAAGCUCGUCGGGAUCAAAAUGCUUGACGGGUUUUUGAAGUCCAAGUUCUACACCAAAUGCAAAACAAAUCUGAAGCUCAUCAAGACACGAGUCGAAACCACAAAGAAGAAGAAGAACGCCGUGCAGAAGUUUCUGAAGAAUGAUAUCGCCGAUCUUCUCAGGAAUGGCCUUGACGUCAAUGCCUAUAACAGGGCUGAAGGGUUUCUGAUUGAGCAAAAUAUGACAGCCUGUUAUGAAUUGAUUGAGAAUUUUUGUGGUUGCAUCUCAAGUAAUCUCUCUCUCAUGCAAAAACAGAGGGAGUGCCCGGAAGAGUGCAGGGAAGCUGUUUCAUCUCUGAAUUAUGCUGCAGCGAGGUUUGCCGAUUUGCCCGAAUUACGUGAUCUCAGGAGCAUAUUUACCGAAAGAUAUGGAAAUUCUCUUGAUAGUUACACAAGUAAAGAGUUCGUGGAGAGGUUGAGGCAAAAGGAUUUUACCAAAGAGAUGAAGCUUCAAUUAUUGCAAGAUUUUGCAGAGGAAUUAUCCAUUGAAUGGGAUUCAAAGGCUUUGGAACAGAAAUUGUUUACUCCUCCACCCGUACAAAACCAAUCAAAGUAUGGAUCUUUAAGCAACAAUAACGACGAGAAUUUCAGAUCUCAUAAAAGCAAUGAAGCUGCUUUUGCCAGAAGAGACACUCAGACUCGGGAUCCAGAAAACAAGUUGAGCAACAAAAAGAACUACACUGCAUCAGAAGAAUGUGAAACGGACCAUACAUCUCGCCAUAUCAAGAACGUCUCCCGCGAUAGAUACAAGCUGCAGAGCAGUAGCGAGGACGAAACUAUCACGGAUUUUUCUCAAGAUGAGCGGAAGACGUCCUCGAGUUCGACAGGAAGUGUUUCGGAGGGUGAUGCAGAUAGCAAGAGGCCCUUCUAUCACAAACUCAUCCGCCCCCCCUACCUCAAACCAAAAGCAGAAAGAAGUGUUGAGGAACCUCCGAAGCCGAAUGCUCAUUUUGAUCAAGUUGAAGCAAAUGAUCUGCAAGACGAUCCUGUCGAAGAGGAUAAGCCAAAACCGAGAUCAGUGAGACAGAGAAAUCUGAAACCACCACCGGGCUAUAAUGAAAAUUCUGGUGGCACAAAACAGGAAGGAAGGCGGGCAUUGAGAGUCAUGAAUUAUGGUGAUUCGAGGGAUGAAGAAGAGAAAAUGAUUGAUGGGCUUUUGAUGCAUUAUAGUAACAAAAGAUCACCUCAUGAGUAUGGUGAAUCUAACACUUCAAAGAGUAACAGAAGUAGGAAACCAGGAUUGGCCACGCCACCAGGCAGAGUGUCCUCUCUUCCCCCAGAGCCGACGUCUGCGCAGGUGCCACAGAGAGGGCAUGCUAGAGCGGUUUCGUUGCAGCCGGAAAUGCUGAGCACAGCCCGUCAUGUCCAUCCUAAGCUGCCGGCCGACUAUGAUGAAUUGGCUGCACGUAUUGCAGUUCUUAGAGGAAAAUAGAAGAAACAUAAGACAUUGUUUAGCCAGCUUAUUCAUAGAGGAAAAGGUUUAUCAGAUGGCCUUGUAGUUGUCACGCUAUUCACCUCCAUAUUAUGAUUUACUGAUCAUAUUCAAAGGUGACUUAUUGAUCAUUUGUAAUUAGCUCCAGAUUAUGGUUUACUGGUCAUAUUCAUAAUGAUUUACUGAUCAUUUAUACUUAGAU